AUGUCUUUGGAGCAUGUGGCGGAGGUGAAGGGCGGGCCAGGGGCCCUGCGUGUGGGGGAAAUGGUGGUCGUCAUGACACGACGUGUGGAGGAGCAAACGGCUCACUGGACACUCGGUAGCGUGGAGUCGGCACCGUACCUGUACGAUGUGGAGAUUCGGCUUUGGGAGAAGCAGAUGGAUGUGGACUGGCAGGAGCAAUUUAACGUGGGUGAGUCACAGGAGGAGGGUGAGCUGAUAAUGCACAUCAAAAAAACAAAAGAGGAACUGGAAGGGAGCAUCCAGCAUGUGACGGAACUUACUAAGAAACUGCGCCAGCGUCGGAGAAGUAUCCUACGGGAAAUUGACGAUGUUGAAAAUCAUGCUUCUCAAUCGCGUGCGGCAGUAAAAGCGGCUUACAUUGAUGUGAAGGGCAUCUCGUACCAUCACUGGCAUGAGCUGAAGUCGUACCGGGCUCCUUCAAGGAUGGUACUGACAAUUCUCCGUGCCGUCAUGCUGCUUCUCUCCGAGGAUGAUGCCAAAACGUGGCCUCAAAUGCAACGUGUCUUGCGGGAUCCGCACUUUAAGUCGAGGAUUCUUGACUAUGAUCCCGACAAAGAACUCUCAAGAGAGCGUGGCGAUUACAUACUAUACGAAUGUGUGCGGAAGAAAAGUUUUCGUUACGACCGUGCCGUUCAAGGCAGUCAGGCAAUGGGCCCCAUUUACUACUGGGUACUGGCUCAACUUGACAGGAGUGAGGCCACAGGAAAACAAUACCAGUUAGAGAAGCGAAAACAGGAAUCACAGAAGGAGCUUCGAUCUGUCAUAAAUGAAAUUCAUAAACAGCAACAGCGUAUGGCGGAAUAUCAGGCUCUCAUGGACAGUGCGGACGACCAGUUGCAUGCCUACCGAGCGCUGCAGAGAGAGAGCGCAUCACUCCGGGGAGGACAAUUGACGGAAACUCGGCUUCGUGAAGUGGCACAACAACGCUACGAAACCAGUUUCGCUGGUGCUGCAGGGAAGGAGUAUUUACGUGCCGCCUUUUACACGUGGAAACCAACAGAAUACCGCAUCAUGGUGUUGCGUAAAAGCGUCCUUGUGAAUUUUGGCACCGUCCCACAGGAUGCAUGGGACAAGAACAAUUACACGCUCGAUGAACCACAAAUCCGAAUGCUUGAUGACGCACUUCAACAACGUCAGAGUGUGGAGGAAACGUUUUAUGAGAAGGAAAGCGAGCAACAACAACAACAACAUAAGAAAAAAGAGGAAGAGGAAAUAGAAGAGGGCCUGUUCCACCCAGUCGAUGAGAAUUAUGUACCAAAAUCCAAAAUGUCCGUGGAUUGGCUUGAGCGCACGUUCGAGGGCGAAGACUGGAAAUACAUACUGGAUAGAAAACGUCUUGCCAUCAUGGACACGUUCUGCGAUGAGACGGCCGAGGCAUUGCAGUUACCGCGAAGUGAUAUUUCUAUAACGCAAAUGACAUGUGGCGAAUCAAAUAACCUCUUGAUGGUGAGCAGUGAAGUGUGGCACGACGGCUCACGGUCAAGAGGGGACCUCAUGGACGCCAUGAACGCUUAUUUGUAUCCAAAGUUAAGCGCACUAUACAGCAAUGAGUUGGACGGUUUCGCUAAACUUGAAAAACGCUUUGACGGGAAAGAUUGGCAAUACAUCCUCACUGACCACAAGAACGAUAUAGAAUAUGCCUUUAAAAAUGACACGGCGACGGCUCUUGGCAAAACCAUGGAGGACACCGAAAUACAAAAUAUAACAGCAACUGCAGAAGCACUUGUCAUAAAAUACUUACUGUACAUAAAAGAAAAUCAAACAAAAAAGGCGAAAAAGGCAAUAAGCAACUACAAAUAUCCAGAAAUAUGUCAAUUAUACAGUCGACUGAAACCAAACACAAGCACCGAAGAUAAAAUAUACUCAACAAAACGUAUAGAAUUAGAAGGCGAGGACUGGGACUACGUGCUGGAGCGGCGGCGCGCGGAGGUGAAGGACGUGCUGGCCGUCGAGACGGCGCGGGCGUUGGGACUCGAGCGUGAGGACGUGCUGGAGGUGGAGGUCGACGCAGUGCCUCGGAGCCUCAUUGCGUUUGUCACGGUUCGUCAUCCAUCACUGCUGAGCGACCGCCAGGUGGAAGAGACGCUGGCGCGCUGCGAGUACAGGAAAUUGUGGGCGCUGUACGAGACGCGGCCACUGGAGUCGUCAGUGCUGAUGAGGCGGUUUGAGGGCGACGACUGGGACCUCGUGGUUGACAACAACCGCAGGAAGCUUGAGGACGCGUUCAGCAGGGAGACGGCCGCCGCACUGGGCGUGUCGCCGAGGCAGGUUGUGCUUCUGGACUGCAGGGUUGGCAGCCUUCUCAUGGUAUUCAAGGUGCUUGGAUGCGCCAUGAGCGACGCAGAGAUCACGGAACGGACCGAGGCGCACCCGUACGACGAGGUGUACGCACUGUACAGGCCACGCAUACGCUCCUUUGAAUGCGUCGACGCAGCAGUGCCCCGCGGCUUCAGGGCCGACGCGGAUGAAGUAUGGACGAGGAGCCGCGUGGAGUUUGAGGGCGAGGACUGGGACUACGUGCUGGCGAUGAGGGAGGCGGAUCUGCUGCGUGCGUUUUCGAACGCGACGGCCGAGGCGUUUGGAGUGGAUGAGGACCACGUGCGCGAUGUGUCGGCGAGGUACGUUGCUGGUAAAUUGCACUUCGACUUCGAGCUGAGGCGCCCUGCGGCGCUGACGAAGGCUGAUGUAAAUGCGCGGUUGAAGGAGUGUGCGUAUGCGGCCGUGUGGGCGCUGUAUGAGCCGCGGCCCCUGCAGGAGGAAAAGAAGGCUGUUACGACGCACGAGCUUGGCUUUGAGGGCGAGGACUGGGACUACGUGCUGGAGCGGCGGCGCGCGGAGGUGAAGGACGUGCUGGCCGUCGAGACGGCGCGGGCGUUGGGACUCGAGCGUGAGGACGUGCUGGAGGUGGAGGUCGACGCAGUGCCUCGGAGCCUCAUUGCGUUUGUCACGGUUCGUCAUCCAUCACUGCUGAGCGACCGCCAGGUGGAAGAGACGCUGGCGCGCUGCGAGUACAGGAAAUUGUGGGCGCUGUACGAGACGCGGCCACUGGAGUCGUCAGUGCUGAUGAGGCGGUUUGAGGGCGACGACUGGGACCUCGUGGUUGACAACAACCGCAGGAAGCUUGAGGACGCGUUCAGCAGGGAGACGGCCGCCGCACUGGGCGUGUCGCCGAGGCAGGUUGUGCUUCUGGACUGCAGGGUUGGCAGCCUUCUCAUGGUAUUCAAGGUGCUUGGAUGCGCCAUGAGCGACGCAGAGAUCACGGAACGGACCGAGGCGCACCCGUACGACGAGGUGUACGCACUGUACAGGCCACGCAUACGCUCCUUUGAAUGCGUCGACGCAGCAGUGCCCCGCGGCUUCAGGGCCGACGCGGAUGAAGUAUGGACGAGGAGCCGCGUGGAGUUUGAGGGCGAGGACUGGGACUACGUGCUGGCGAUGAGGGAGGCGGAUCUGCUGCGUGCGUUUUCGAACGCGACGGCCGAGGCGUUUGGAGUGGAUGAGGACCACGUGCGCGAUGUGUCGGCGAGGUACGUUGCUGGUAACUUGCAUUUCGACUUCGAGCUGAGGCGCCCUGCGGCGCUGACGAAGGCUGAUGUAAAUGCGCGGUUGAAGGAGUGUGCGUAUGCGGCCGUGUGGGCGCUGUAUGAGCCGCGGCCCCUGCAGGAGGAAAAGAAGGCUGUUACGACGCACGAGCUUGGCUUUGAGGGCGAGGACUGGGACUACGUGCUGGAGCGGCGGCGCGCGGAGGUGAAGGACGUGCUGGCCGUCGAGACGGCGCGGGCGUUGGGACUCGAGCGUGAGGACGUGCUGGAGGUGGAGGUCGACGCAGUGCCUCGGAGCCUCAUUGCGUUUGUCACGGUUCGUCAUCCAUCACUGCUGAGCGACCGCCAGGUGGAAGAGACGCUGGCGCGCUGCGAGUACAGGAAAUUGUGGGCGCUGUACGAGACGCGGCCACUGGAGUCGUCAGUGCUGAUGAGGCGGUUUGAGGGCGACGACUGGGACCUCGUGGUUGACAACAACCGCAGGAAGCUUGAGGACGCGUUCAGCAGGGAGACGGCCGCCGCACUGGGCGUGUCGCCGAGGCAGGUUGUGCUUCUGGACUGCAGGGUUGGCAGCCUUCUCAUGGUAUUCAAGGUGCUUGGAUGCGCCAUGAGCGACGCAGAGAUCACGGAACGGACCGAGGCGCACCCGUACGACGAGGUGUACGCACUGUACAGGCCACGCAUACGCUCCUUUGAAUGCGUCGACGCAGCAGUGCCCCGCGGCUUCAGGGCCGACGCGGAUGAAGUAUGGACGAGGAGCCGCGUGGAGUUUGAGGGCGAGGACUGGGACUACGUGCUGGCGAUGAGGGAGGCGGAUCUGCUGCGUGCGUUUUCGAACGCGACGGCCGAGGCGUUUGGAGUGGAUGAGGACCACGUGCGCGAUGUGUCGGCGAGGUACGUUGCUGGUAACUUGCACUUCGACUUCGAGCUGAGGCGCCCUGCGGCGCUGACGGAGGCUGAUGUAAAUGCGCGGUUGAAGGAGUGUGCGUAUGCGGCCGUGUGGGCGCUGUAUGAGCCGCGGCCCCUGCAGGAGGAAAAGAAGGCUGUUACGACGCACGAGCUUGGCUUUGAGGGCGAGGACUGGGACUACGUGCUGGAGCGGCGGCGCGCGGAGGUGAAGGACGUGCUGGCCGUCGAGACGGCGCGGGCGUUGGGACUCGAGCGUGAGGACGUGCUGGAGGUGGAGGUCGACGCAGUGCCUCGGAGCCUCAUUGCGUUUGUCACGGUUCGUCAUCCAUCACUGCUGAGCGACCGCCAGUUGAAAGAGACGCUGGCGCGCUGCGAGUACAGGAAAUUGUGGGCGCUGUACGAGACGCGGCCACUGGAGUCGUCAGUGCUGAUGAG